AUGAAGUUACAGGGGUCCCUGGCCUGCCUCCUGCUGGCCCUGUACCUGGGCAGUGGGGAGGCUGGCCCGUUGCUGAGUGGAGGGGCAAGUGCUGAAACAGGUUUUGGGGAGGCUGCUGGACAGGCGGUGGGAGAUGCCAUUAAUCAUGGAAUCAGGGAGGCCAUUGGCCAAGGGGCUGGAGAGGCAGCCCAUGCUCUUGGAAACACUGGGAGUGAGGCUGGCAGACAGGCUGAGAACAUUAUUCGACAUGGAAUAGAUGCUGUCCACAGCUCCUGGCAGGGGAUGCCUGGCAGCAACAGUGCUUGGGGAACCAAUGGCCAGCCUCCAUCUGGAGGCCACGGCACCGUUGGUUCUCAGGAUGGCCUCAGAGCCCAAAGCCAGAGCAUUCCUGAAGGUCCAGGGAAUCCCUGGAUCCAUGGAGUCUCUGGAGGCUCAGGUGGCAACUUUGGAACUAACUCUCAAGGAAGCUCCUGGGGCCAAGGAGGCAAUGGAGGGCCAUACAACGUGGGGACCAAUGCUCAGGGAGCUGUGGCCCAACCUGGUUAUGGCUCAGUGAGGGGCAACAACAAUCCAAAUACUGAGUGCACCAACUCUCCGCCCUCCGGCUCAGGUGGAAGCUCUAGCAACUCUUGGGGAAGCAGUGGUGGCAACGGUGGCGGCAGUGGCGGCGGCAGCAGUGGUAGCAGUGGCGGCGGCAGCGGCAGCGGUGGCAGCAGCGGCGGCAGCAGUGGUGGCAGCAAUAGUGGUGGAAGCAGCAGUGGUGGAAGCAGCAGUGGUGACAGCAAUGGUGGCAGCAGCAGUGGCAGCAGCGGCAGCGGAGGCAGAGGCAGUGGUGGCAGCAGCAGCGGCAGCAGUUCUGGAGGCAACUGGGAACACGGUUCCAGCUCUUCCUCAGGAAGCAGUGGAGGAAGUGGUGGAAAUAAACCCGGGUGUGACAACCCAGGAAAUGAAGUCCGAGUGGCCGGAGGAUCUGGGGCUCAGAACUCUCAGACAUCUCCUGGGCUCUUCAACUUCGACACUUUCUGGAAGAACUUUAAAUCCAAGCUGGGUUUCAUUAACUGGGAUGCCAUAAACAAGGGCCAAGUCCCAUCCCCCAGCACUCGAGCCCUCCUCUACUUCAGUCGACUCUGGGAGGAUUUCAAACACAAUACUCCUUUUUUGAACUGGAAAGCAAUUAUUGAGGAUGACUAUUCAUCAUCAUCACUUCAGAAGAGGGCAGGCAGUGCUGGUCAGCCUGAUGCAGGAUGGCGAGAGGUAGAAGCUGUAACUUCUAAGAACUACAAUUAUAACCAGCAGGCAUAUCCUCCUGUUUCUGGUGGGCAGUACUCCGCCAAAGUUCCCGCUAAGGGAGGAGCCACACUUUCUUCCUCGGCUUCCCGAGCACGACCUGGCCUGCUGCAGUGGGUGAAGUUCUGGUAG